CAGGUGUACCUAAUGAAGUGGCUGGUGAGUGUACGCUCCAAGGAGAUGAGAUGGCUGAGCCGAGGGAAAGUUCUCCGCUGGUUUUUUGAGCUGCAUGAUGAGAUCAGGAUGUUUCAAGCAAGAAAGGAAGGUAAUGUUCAAGUGCCCACGGAUAAGCAAUGGAUCUCUGACCUGACUUUUCUGGUAGACGUCACAGAGCUGCUCAACAUUUUGAAUCUUCAGCUCCAAGCGAAGGACCAGAUAAUCAGCCAGCUGUCUGAUCGUGUCAGAGCCUUCAAGCAAAAACUACUACUGCUCAGCAGACAUCUCUCAGCAGGAAAUUUGGCCCAUUUCCCCAGUCUUAGAGAGGUAGGCUUGAUGGAAGAGAAUGUACCAAAGUACAUGAACAUUCUCAGCAAUCUUGUGCUGGAGUUUGACAGGCGCUUUGAAGAUUUCAAACACAAUGCAACAGUCUUUGAGCUAUUUGCUGAGCCCUUUUCUGUUAAUGUGAACACAGUCAGUGAGGAGCUUCAAAUGGAAUUAAUAGAACUGCAGUCUGACUCACAACUUCAAAACAAGUUCACAGCUGUUCCCUUACUGGACUUUUACAGAUGUGUUCCAGCAGACAGGUAUGCAAAGAUCUGCAAACAUGCACAGGUAAUGUUGUCCCUCUUUGGAAGUACCUACCUUUGUGAGCAGGCUUUCAGUCUGAUGAAGUGUAAGCAGAGAAACUCACUCUCUGACUCUCACCCCCAUGACAUCCUCACUCUGUCAGUAAGUCAGCUGGAGACUAAUGUUGAAAGACUUUUGUAAAACAAAGACAAGCGUCAUGUCUCCCACUGAUACUGUAAGUGAUAAAUGACUGGACAAGGCAUUGAGGAAUGUAAUACAAGGUCUGUAAUAUGUGGACAUUUUGUGAUGAUGUGUAACUGAAAUGAUGCUCAAUGAUAUUGAUUUGUUAUCUAGUGUUGUCACUGUGAUGUUUAACUUUAUGAUAUAUAUAUGUAUACAUGUAUGUCAAUUUUUCAAGCUGAAGUCAAAUGUUCACUCUUGAUCACAAAGGUAGACAAUACAGCUGUUUCGAUCUUAAUUUUCUAAAGCGCCUGAAUUUACAUGCACUUUCUGUAAGAAAUGUAUCUUUCCUUUUAAAUAUGUUUA